AUGAAGGUUCCUAUUCGAGUACCAUUAAAUAGAAACAAUAAUGACGAGGAGAAGAGUAAUUAUGCAAACUUUAAUAAUACAAGAAUAAUCACUUUAUUCCAAGUGCCUCAAUAUGAACAAUUACAAAUACUUAUUUGUAAUGGUAAUUCAUUAACAACAUUAGCCGGUGUUGAACAUAUUAAACAUUUAUGGAAACUUGAUGUUGGAAAUAAUCAAAUUCGAAGUCUUCAACAUUUAUCACGUUUUAUAGCACUUGGUUCACUUAUACUUUCAAAUAAUCGUUUACAAUGGAUUGAAUUACAACAUAUUCGUCAUAUGUUUAUACUUGAUUUAAGACUUGAUGGAAAUACUAUAUUAGAUGCUGAUUCAAAUUAUCGUCAUCAUGUACUUGAUUGUUUACCACGUAUUUGGAUGUUUGAUGGUAUUUUUGUUUCAACCUCUGAACGUAAUCAAGUUGAUGAAUUUUUUACACAAUCAUCAUUAACACAAAAACCUGUGCGACAUAAAUUAGCACGUGAUAUAUUUAUGCCAACAAAUCUAAAAGAUCGUGCGAUUCAUGGAAUUUUUGGACCAAAAGCAACGGAAUUAUUUGCUAAAUUUCCAAUGAAUUGUUUUGUAAAUUCAGAACUUGAUAAAAGACGAAUUAAACAUUUAGCUUCAACAAUUCAAGAUUUAUUACUUACAGAAAUGAGAAAUGAUGAAGGAAAGAAACAUGAUGAAUUUCUUAUGGAAAAUCGUCAUAUACUUUAUCAUAUGGUUGAUAUACGACAAAAUCAUAUUGAAGAAUUUAAUAUGUUUCUUAUAUUACUUGUUACUCAUAUUCUUUUUGAAAUUCCUGUUGAUUUAUUAAAUAAUGUUUUUGAUAUUACACAUAUAAAAACUAUUGGAAAUUUAAAUAUUGAUCAUAUAUUUUCAUCAAGUGAAGAAUUAAAAUAUGUCAUUGCAUCAUUGGUUUAUGCAGGUACACGACUUGAUCGAGAUGAAAAUCAUCCAUCAGCAUUUAAUGAAAAACUUUUUAGUAGUAUUUCUAUUGUUAUUACUAAUCAAUUACGGCAAUUAUCAACUUCAAAUACAAGUCAACCUUAUCCAAAUAGCAGCAUAGUUUCGGAAGCAAAAUCUAUGGUAUGCCUUGAAGUAAUGCAAGUAUUAAUAAUGUGUCCAUUGUUUUACACACUUGUUGAUAAUCCAAAUGUAAAUUCAAUUUUAAAACAAGCUUUAGAUCGAUCACCAGCAUAUGGAAGUAUAAAAGAUGUUUUACAAAAUUUAACUGCUGAUGAAAAAUCAGCUGAAGAACAAAAAGAUUUAUUAAGUCCAAUUUUGGGUAAUAUAUUAAAAAUGACUAUGCGUACAUUAUCAACAAAAAAAAUAAAAAAAAUAAAUGAACCAUUACUAGCAGAAACAAAUAAAUCAGAACAUGAUAGUUCAAAUAAACGACAACAAGAACGAAAUAUAUCAUCACCAAAAUCUUCUCAACGAGUACCAGUUCAUCGUAUUCCUACUAUUGGUGAUCGUAUAUUAACAGCACCACAAACAUUUGGUCGUAUUGUAACAAUACCUGAUGGUGAUAUAGCAAUGAUUCAAUUUGAUCAUAUACUUGCUGUUAAUGGUUCAAUGAUAAAGAAUGGAUCAUUAAAUGAUCAUACUAAUUAUGUUAGUAUGAAUAAUUUUGAAUGGGAUGCUUCACAUGAUUAUUGGCGACCAAAAUUUGCACUUGGUGAUAAAAUAACAUUACAUAUGACGACAACACGAGAAGAAACACCCCGAAAUGCUUUUCCACCUCGAACAUUACAAUCAAAAACAUUAGAAUCAGUUGAAAAAAAACGUCCAACACCAAAAUUAUUUGAAAUUAAUCUUAAUAAACCAAAAGAAGCUUUUGUUGAACCACCACGUGAACCAACACCACCGCCUCCACCACCAGUGCUUAUUAUUGAUCAUGAAGAAAAUGAUAAUGUAGAGCAAAUUCAAACCACUCCAAAUAGAGUGAUCACAACUGAAGAAAUGACAAUUGAACGUCCAAUGUCUGUUCGAAUAAUAAAACAAAAACAAGAACAACACAACAAAGAUUUAACAAUCAGUGAAACAAUUGCUUCAUCUCCUGUUCUUAUUGAAUCAACAAUUUUUCUCAUACCUGAUCACACACAAGCACCAAUUUCAUCUUUUGAGCAACAACAACAACAACAAUCAUUUACAGCAUCAACAACACUCAAUGAUUUUGAGCAUUCAUCAUCGACUUCUCGACGACCAACAACAAAUCGUAUACAUGUACCAGUACAUAAUGCAUCACAAUGGUUUAAUGGACCCAAUAUGCAAAAUGAACGAUCAGGUCGAAUGGAAAAAGUUGUUUCUUCAUUAGUUCGACGAUCAUUUCGUCCAAUAUCUGAUAAUACGAUGCCACGUGUACCUACAUUAACGUCGCCAUCAUCAAGAGAACAUGCUCUAUAUAAAGGUGUUCGGCCAGGUACAUUACAAGAUUUUUGUAUUGAAAGUCAACGAAUGGUACCAACACCAUUUAUGUUCAGUCGACAAUCGCAAUCAGCUAAAAAUCGAUUUACACCAUCAACACGUUCAUAUGACCUAAGUCGUUCAAAUGAAGGUGCUUUUCGUAUAAAAUCCCUAUUCAAUCCACCAUGUCCAACACCUUCCUGGAUGUGA